AGUGGCACGUAUCUUGGCUCCACUGACCUCAGCAUAGCUAGCGGCUCCGCGGCCAAUCCACCGAGGGGCCCCUCGGUUCACUGGAUGCGCUCUCUCGCCGUGAAACAUGAGACGAGCGGCCGCCCGCUGGGCCCAGAACCAGCGGGCCCAGAAGGCCGUCCGCUGGCCGCUGAAGAAGGGCCACUUUGGAAGAAUGGCAACAACAAAUGGGUUGAUCAUGGGUUGAUCCAUGAGUAAACCUUAUGACAUCCAGGAGUUGAGGCGCCGAACGAACGAACGCAAGUCGGAGUGUCCAUUUCAUCCACUCACUGGGCUGGGACCAAAAAAACACCCCGUCUCGUGACCCCUGGCGGUUACAGUUUGAUUUGUUUUUAUCAUUUGUUUGCAGGGACGCCGCAGCUCUUGGACCGGCACGACACCACGGAUGGACAUAUUGACCUACCCUGAGACUCUGGGCGUGAACCAACACACAGCCCUUUGCGUUUCGGUGGACAAGGUCCGACCCCUGCCAUGGGUCAGUGCCCUUUCGGAGUCUUAGGCUUACAUUGACAUCAGUUGACAUCUCAAAACAGAAAACACACCAGUCUGCAACAAAAACACACCCAAUGCCCCAGUCUGCAGUUGUUGGAUCCAGAUCAACUCUGAGAAGGUGAGAUCGACACGACACAGUUCUCCUUGUCAACGCUCCGUUUCUACCUUCGUUCCACGCUCCGAAACUCGGUUGGGUCGCUCCCGCCGCUGGGGUCAGACCGAAGGGCGCAGUCUCCGGAUCGACCUAUAGAAACUGUCCGCUUCGUCCCCCCGGACGAAACGAUAGAAAGAGGUACUACGGUAGUUCAAUGAGGAGGGUGCUUGCAAUCAAGAGUUUAAAACUGGGAUCUAUUUGGGAUCUGGGACAUCCUGGAACUGAGAUAGACAGUUCAUGACCAGAUCGAAGAAAAUGCUGCCCCGCAAUGUAGGGCACAUGGUAUGGACGAUUUACCAACUGGUCCGCAAAGAGAUGCCAGUUUGAUCCAGUUUGGGACCUACUAUGCACCAGUCAGUUUAUGUGGAGUUGUUCUUUUGAAUUCAGGUUCCUCAUCAGCCAAACCAAGGCCAAGACCUCAUCAGCCAAUCCAACGUGGCCAACUUGUUGCCGGACAUCUGGCCGUCACGGGAGAAGCUACAAGAAGUCUUGAGGAUCUUUGCUUCGGAAAAGCGAGGUGAGCUGGCUUUUGCAUUGCUGCAGACCAUGGCUGCCGAAGGACGACGGCUAAAGGAGUCAGACUUCACCGUUGGAAUUGCAUCAUGUGCCAAGUCCAGCUUCUGGCAACACGCCUUGAGAUUGUUCAGCUUGAUGCCGGUCGCCCGGGUUGAUCAAAGUGCCUUCAGCUUCAAUGCGACCGUCACUGCCUUUGAGAAAGGCAGGCAGUGGCACCGAGCCUUAAGGCUGUUUGAGGAAAUGCAAGAAGCAACGGUCAAGUGUGAUCUAAUCGGAUGCAGUGCCGCGAUCAGCGCCUGCGCCAAGGGUGGCCAAUGGCAGGAAGCCUUGAGGCUGCUGGAGGCCGUACCCAAGGCAAAACUGCAGCCAGAUGUCAUUCUUUGGAGUACAGCCAUUAGCGCAUGUGAGAAAGUUGGGCAUUGGCAGCAGGCAUUGCUUUUGUUUGAGGCCAUGCUUCAGGUGAAACUGCAGCCAAGUAUCAUCACUUACAAUGCGACUAUCAGUGCCUGCGAGAAAGGCGGGCAAUGGCCACAGGCACUGCAAUUGUUUCAGGACAUUCCCCGGGCCAAACUUCAACCAGAUCUCAUAAGUUACAAUGCAACCAUUAGUGCCAGUGAGAAGGGCUGGAGGUGGGAACAUGCAUUGAGGUUGAUUGAGGCCAUGGUGACUGCAAGUAGUGAUGCAAACGUCAUUAGCUUUAGUGCCGCCAUCAGUGCCUGUGAGAAGGGCGGGCAAUGGCAGCAGACAUUGAUGUUGCUCGAGGCAAUGCUUGGAAUGAAGGUGCAACCUAAUGUCAUUAGCUACAAUGCCACAAUCAGUUCCUGUGAGAAGAGUGGUCAUUGGCAGCCUGCAUUGGUAUUGUUUCACGGCAUGCUGAAGGAAGGUUGUCAGCCAAGCAUCAUCACCUUCAAUGCCAUCAUCAGUGCAUGUGAGGAGGGCGGCCAGUGGCAGCAAGCGAUCGCAUUGUUUGAAGCCAUGCCAAGUCAGACGAUUCAGCCAGAUGCUGCGAGCUACAAUGAGACAAUGAGCGCAUGUGGGCAAGACGACCAAUGGGAGCAUGUGUUGCUGUUAUUUGAGGCCAUGACACGGACAUCAGUGCGGCCUGGAAUCUCUUACCGCACAUGUUUACAUAUUAGUUUGCUUGGUAUAUCUAUAGGUCUAGUCAACUCAUGUUUUUUUUCCCCUUACUCACUGUAAGACUGGGUUCAGCAUUCUCAUUUGAUCACGAUGUUUGGCGAAGGUUUCUGUGGAGUAUCGUCCAAUCUCACAGUAAGCACUCCGAGUCUCCGUGACCCCAAAGUAUUCUUUCGGAAUCAACAAUAUGCAUGUGUUUAUUCUCAGACCUAAAACCGAACCAAGGCAGCCAAACAUUUUAAGCUACAGUGCUGCCAUCAGCGCCUGUGAGAAAGCAAUGGCACACUCAGCGUUCUGAGGGUUUUGCAGUGCAAACCCUGCGAAUUCGGGCAGAGAUGUCUGAUCAUUUUUUCAGAGCUUUUGGCACCAAUGUCUG